GCCGCUGUUGGGCGGGCGACACACAGGUGUUCGAACAGAUCGGGGAUUUUCCCCCAAAGCAAGGGGUUCAAGAUCGGGGCUGCUGGGCCUGAGCCAUGAAAAAAAAUGAUGCGAUCAACUUCAAGGCUUUGGAGAGAGAGCUGCAGGCUGCACUUGCUGCCGACGAGAAGUACCAAAGGGAGAACGCUGCCAAGUUAUGGGCGGUUGAACAAAGAGUGCCUUCUUAUGAGGAGUUCAGAGGUAUUGUCCUUGCAUCACACCUGAAACCUCUGGACCAGAAGGACAAGAUAAGGGGAAAAGGACUUGUGCCCUGGAACUGUCACACUACUAGGGAAAGGACUUUUGAGGAUGUGGCCACUGAAAUACCCCAGGAGACAUCACCCUUCCAGCCUGUGACCUCUGCAGAGUUUUACCGUGAUUGGCGUCGGCACCUAAGAGGUGGACCAGAGGGCUACCAAGCCCUGCUUCAGCUUGGGGGUCCCAAGCUGGGCCACCUCUUCCAGAUGGAUGUGGGCUUUGGACUUCUUGGGGAGCUGCUGGUGGCACUGGCUGAGCAUGUGAGGCUAAGUGACAGGGCGGCAGUGCUAGAGAUCCUGCACAGCUUGGCUAACACGGGGCGGUUCACCCUGAACCUGAGCCUGCUGAGCCAGGCAGAGCGCGAGAGUUGCCAGCACUUGUUUCAGAAGUUACAGGCCAUGGGCACCCCCAGACCCAUGCAGGAGGGGCUCAGCUUGGAGGAUCCAUCUGCUGGGCUACAGGGAGAGGAGGGGCUCCUACAGGCGCUGCGAGGGCUGUAUGGGCUCCACUGAUGGAACUGGCUGCCCUCAGCAUUCCCCAGUGGUCUCAGAAAGCAUUUAA